CGGAUUGUAUAACGGAACACAUUCUGAGUUAUGUCAAAAAGCGAACUCCAUCUGAAGGGAAAUAAAAAUAAAUUGAUAAAAAGAACACAAUAAAAUUUUAAGCGAAAUGUGUAUUGUGGUGUUACUAAAACCACGCUACAACAGUAUAAAAUGUAAAAAUUAUUGAAACCAUUAUUUUGCAAACAUGGAGAUGAAUAAAACCGGGCCCGUGGAGGGUCCGGAGGCGCUGGGAUGGAAUACAACAUCGAUAGAUUUUGCGGAGAUAACUAUGGAUUCAAACUUUGCUCUACUGCUUGUGUCGCUUUGCUCUGCUGUCCUGUGGAUCGUGUACAUCACAUAUUACAACAGCCGAGUCCUCGGAUACAUACUCACGAGGCUCAUCAACAAGUUCUACUUCCAGGAUGAGAACUUCAAGAUAGGAUCCUUCACCCUCAAUGCGCUCUCCGGAAAGAUAAUGUUUAGGGAUAUUGUAUACAUAAACUAUGAUUACACUCUGCGCAUACAGGAUGGAUACUUGAUAUUCAGAUGGUGGCGCUCAUAUGUACCCAAGGAUGUAUCUGAAGAUUUGUCCCACUCGGACACGCGUCUGUCCAUCAUGCUUAACGGCUUCGAACUCCAUUUCUACAAUCGUUGCGACCUCUACAACGAACUCGAGAAGAUAUUCGGCCUAGAACCAUUUAUAAAACAACAAAACGACGACGACUCCACAGACAGAGAUAAAGCUAUGAACGACGCUAAUGAAAAACGCCGACGGGCACAAGACACAGUCCGCUCCGAAGCGGCCAUGGCCCGGACGUGGCGGGACCUCAUACCUGUCAUCAAAAUAGACGUAUGCAGCGGCAGAGUCGUCUUCGGCAACAAAUUAGUACCAACCACUCUGUCCAUAAGCGUGGAAGAGUCCCAUCUAGUCUAUAGUACAAAACCCCCUGCUUCCAGCUUAGACCAUCUCAUGCACUUUGUCAAAGCCAAAGCCGAAAAUUGCAAGGUUAUUUUAGCACCUAGUCCAAAUUACACAGCGAUGGUCGACGAACCGCCAAGAUAUAUGGGAGAAGGUUUCGUUGUUAUGAGUUCGAAUUAUAUCGAAGUAUACUUUUACAUGGACGAGCCAGGAUUGGUUCCAGAGCAACCCGUGCUCCUUCAACUAGCCAAUGGCGAUAUCGUAGAGUCAGCCCCGCCCAUUUGGGGCGUGGAUAUCAAGUGUGGGAAAGGCACGGAUUUCAGCUACGGGCCUUGGGCUGACAGACAAAGAGAUCAUCUUUUCAAAUUCUUCUUCCCACCAAAUUACAAAAAUUUGGAAGUGACUCCGCAACCGAAACCUGGCGAUCGGCGGCAAACGCAAUCCUUCGACAUACGCCUAUCAACACUCAACGAAGCCACCAUAGAUAUCUUAUUCACUAAAAACAAAGAAACAAACGCUGUACAUAUAAAUAUAGGUGCUGGAUCGUAUCUAGAAGUGACGUUACCAUGGAUCGUGUUACAGGACGGCUACACCACGAAGAUCACUGGUCAAUUACUUCACUUAGAAGCCACGACUAGUCUCCAGUACCGAAGCUUGGCUGAGAGUGAAACACUAGAGUACACAGUUAAGUGCCAUUACCCCCUCGUGUGGAAUCACCACCAAUGCUGGCAGCUAGGAUUCACGGGUUGCAAGGCCACAGUCCACCUCGUCUAUACGCAUAUAGACUUCUUCCAAGACUUGAUCAACGACUGGUCGACUAAAGCUCGACCUGACAUAUUACACUUUGUUCCUUACACGUGGAAAAUAACCCUUCUCCUAAAGGAGUGUGAGGUGGUCACUGUGAGCAAUCAGUAUAACUGGAUAGACUGCAGUUCUACAAACCAGGAGAACAACCAUGUCGCCUUCUGCGGCGAUCUUCUGGACGUGUCAUUCGACUUGCCAUUCGUCGAUUUCUUGCCAGAUGUAAUUCCACUCAAGAUUUGGGUCCAGGGCGAAGCGGUAGACAUGAGUCUUUACCUGCCCGAAGUCAACACUUCCAGAUUACUACUGCUAUCUAUUGACAAAAAUAUGAAAUUAGUGCCGUGUAGAUUAAAAGCGUCGAAAUGGCGGAGGAAAUGCGUGAAAUCUCAAGGUUGGGUCGACUGUUGGUCGGUGCCGAUCGUAGCCCUCAGUGUUAGGUACAACUACCAUCCCAUCCCACCGCUGGGCCCCGAGCCGCAGGCAGACAUCACCACGCCGGAGAAAGAGGAGAUCCUCCUGUCUCCGAUGAGGAUACCAAGGAUGCGGAAACAGCCUCAAUUGAAUUGGGACUUGAAUGGGUCAAAUAAGUUCGACAGGACAUCGCUCCCGCCGGAUAAAGUGAGCGUCGAAUUAGAAGUUGGCCCUUCGAUCCUCCUCGCCUACGGCACCAUAAUUACCAGCUUCAUGAAUCUCUUAGAGAACAUUUUCGGAGAGGACCAAACAUUCACGGAUAUGCAGAAAACGCCUACGGGUGAAAACAUAAUGAAGAUGAACGACAAAAGCAGCAUCAAUCAGCAUACAGAAAUCUCUAUUGAUGACUCGGCUGACGCGAACAAGGGUCCUUUCGACCCUCGACAUUGUCGACCUCUAGACGUUACUGUCUCCAUCAUAAUACACGAUAUCCAAGCACAUUUAGUGAAAAAUUGCAGCGAGAACGAACCUCCGUGUCCCAUAGUCUUAAUAGAGAGGUUUGGUUUUGAAAUGGACAAGAGCUUUAAAGAAACCAAACUACAACUUCUACUGAGCCCUUCGAUCCUGGUAUCGUCCAACAAUUUGUCGCGACCCAAUCCAAAUAAUUCCGCGGCUUUGUAUCAGGGACAUUUGAUGCUGUCCUCUUUCCAGCUGCGAGGCAACGGCUUCUUCAGCGACACGAAUCGUUCCGUAGAUCAAGACACAGUGGAAUAUGCCUGGAUGAUGGAACUCCAACUGGGGCAGCUCACUGGGCGCCUGACAUUGCCCCAAAUGUAUCAAAUAAUAUCUUCCUUAGAGACAUUCCUUUUACUAAUAUGUGAUAGUGAAAACGAAUUGGUUCCACCGAAUUCCGGCAAAGAAUGCCACCACGGUCUAAAUACAGUAUUAUGUCCCGAAACUGAUUUGACAUUGAAGUACCGAUGUCCUACGUCAAACGAAAUAAAGUACAAAAUGAUACGAGUGGCCAUCGAUUUAGUGGACAUUUACAUCGCAGAUACCAACACGACGCUUCAGACGUGGCUCUCUCCGAUUCGCUUAAGUUUCUGUAAUUUACACGGGUCUGGUUUUGGCACUGGGGUGACUGGACUACUGCCUAAUAUAAAACUCGCUCUGUACACACAGACAAACAUGCAUACUCAUCACCAAUCAAACGGAAGCAAUAGCAGCCAACACAGCAAGGGCGAGAGCGAAAAUUGGGUCGGAGUAGGGUCUGUAUCUUUUGGUCCAGUGCUCAUAGAAGCGGCGUCAUCUUUGCCGCAGAGCCCAAAGAACUUGCAUUUAGUUCAGCAGAAGUUUUUGAAGCUGCACGAUGAUGAUACGAAAAGGCUGUGGUUCUUGUGGCCUAAUGAGGGGAAGAGCUCCCAAUGCGGGUGUACAGGCGGCUGCAAAUUUUUCGGUACGAAUAGAAACGGUCCUAACUUCCUAAAGCCUAGCUCUGCCGACCUCAACGAUGGUAUAAAUGUAGCUUUGUUUAACGUCGUUGAGACGCCCGGGGAAUAUGGUUACGGACAGAGUUUGUUACAUUUCGGGCAGUUAGUAUUUCAUACUCCGCCUUACAAUACUUUGAACGUGUGUCUGCAGCCAACGAACGUUUCAACAUUGAUUCCGUCGCCGCUGCCUCAAGCACUGAACAAGUCUCCUCAGAGUAUAGAACGACGAAGCCUCACACGAAGGUUUUCAUACACAAGCAUGAGCAAAGGAAGCAAUAACAUAUUAGUCUCAAGCACCAAAAGUGACGUUCCUUACGCUCGCCUCGUUGACUCUUCAAUCCCAUUGGGAAACUCUAAAAUCGACAGCGAUUCAAAACUCAAUAAGAGUAUACUCAACGUCCCUCAAAUGGAAAGCAGUGUGUCAGAUUCUAAACUGGCUUUGAGCUGCGGCAUCAAAGACAACUCUAGCGUUAUCAAGAAGAACCAAAUAGAUACAGACAACUUUGUAGUCCCCAAAGUUCCUGUUCGGAAUGUAGGAGUCUCUGAGUCUCACUAUUCUCUGAACUCCCAAGCGCCUCCCGAUGACACGGUACCUUUGGAAGUACAACGAACCAUGUCUAUCACAAGCGAAAAUCAUUCUGAAGCUUUCUUCUCCGCCGAUGAGGACAUGUUCCCUAGUCGCUCUUCAAGUUUGAAACAUUCCUUCGGCAGUCGCCACAGCAACCACAAAGACAAGAGCUCCUUCGGAAUCAAUGAUAUUACAAACGAGAAAUGGACUAACUCCAUACCACGUUCAGAAGUAGCAGACGGGCCGGACACUAUAAGCAAUUUGAGCACUGGAGUGCAGCCUGAUUCGGAAAGCGGAUCAGUGUCUUCCACAUCAUUUAUUUCGGCGAUAUCAUCCCAAGAAGACAUGACUUUAGUCAACUUACACAUGCAGACCAACAAGCCUAUAGUAGACUCUCCAUUAUUAAUGGCCAGCUACAUGAAUAACUUACCACAGUACAGAUGCUCCAAUUGGUCUACCUGUUCGUUACCGAGUGGCAGUGACGUAUACACUCUUCCUCUGUUCAAGAGAGCCGACGAUGGGACUUUAGUUUACGUCGGACAAAAGUAUUUACCGAAAUUCGAGUCGAUCGGAAAAUCAAAUAUUUUAAAACUGAUCUCAAAGAAAGAUGGGCAUAGUAGUCAGAACCAGCACGGUCCAUUUUCGAACCUUACCCCUCAAUUUAACUCUCAAGUGAGGGCUCAUCCGUAUCCUCACGGUUGGUGGGACGUGCAGCAAAGCGUGCAAGACAACCAAGAAAAUACUACAGAUAAAAGCACCGCUUCAACUGCCACUACAACUAGUGACAGCAAAAACGGCGUAUUUGUGAAGCUGAGGGGAGAAAUCGACGUCAUGUUGACGCCACUAGUUCUGGAAAGCACGCAGAAGUUCGUAGAAUCUCUAACGCCUGUGCUAGCUAACGUCCACCCUAUAACUGUGAUUAACCAUUUGCGCCUGCUCUGUAUUUCUUCAGUUGAGAGCGGUAAUGUCUUGAAACAGAAGCAAUAUGUUAUGAACUGGUUGCCGCAGAUGCAAGCGCAGAAUCAGUCGAACAUAAUGGCUGACGACAAGUGUAAGUUGGCAACUAUUCCUCACUCAAAUGUGUACGAAGAGACGAUUUGCGAUCAGUUGCAAGCGACUGUGACCGUUCCGAAAGUCAAUAUGAUUUUCAUACAAUCCUCUGUAGUUGAAGACAUGAUAUCGUUCUCUGCUCUAGACAACAUUCAGGACUUGACAUGUGUGUCUUUGUUUGGAGUUUCAGUAGAAAAUGUUACAGCAAAAUUUGUUAGUUCAAGAAAGACCUUGGAAUCAGUACAACUUUACUACCGGCCUACGCUAAGAGCUCUGGGGAGUAAGAAGUCCUUUGGGAUCAUGAAAGGCCCUAGGGCUCUGAUAUCGACGCAUUCGGGGGGCUCCGGACGCAAAAGAGGCCCGGAGAAAGGUGACCCCGUGUAUAUUGAAACUUCUCAACAACAAUGUGAAGAUAUGAAUAUCACCCUUAAUGUUGGUAAAAUCCACGGUCAACUGAGACGCAUCCGCAACGAGUCGUCACAACUGAAGGACGCCACGAUAACCGGCAUCCCGUGCCAACACUCCAAAGUUGCCUUCAAGUUCAUCAGAAUCGACGCCUUUGCCAAGGGAGACUCUAUGUCCUGUCAAAACGGCGGCUCAGAAGGUCAGAAAGAGAACGCAAUAGGGUACAUAAUGUUCGAAUGUGGCCUCGAAGGAGUAACCAUAAAGGUGUCCAAACACUCCCAGUCUCACAAAUCAAAUGAGGAGAAAAAACCAAGGGACACAGAAAGCUGCAGAGAGUCUAUUAAGUCCGAAGAGGUGAAGACUGAUAAGGAAAAAGUGGAGAAGUCCAAAGGGAGGUCCUCGGGGAUCGAAGACUUGUUCAGGAAGAGAGAGUCUAAUUCUAAGCCGAGUACGCCCAAUUUGAGCAAUGCUCAGCCACCGCCGGUACCGCCAGAAGCAUCGACGCCCGGCCCCGAAGAGCCUUCAACCAAUGAGAGCACGACAACUAUGGUGCCGGUCAGAGACAACGGGAACACCUCCUCCUGCGCCAUAGACCUCAAGAUGGUCUGGUUCAACUUCGCAGCGCCGCCCCGCACGCCGAUCACCAAGAAAAUAGACUACACUAGAUUGGACUGGAACCUCCUGAGCACGGCGUCCCCGGCAAUAAACGCGUGGAUGAACCCCUGCAACAGACUGGGCAUCCGAGUGGUGGCGCUGUACCGCGCGCACGCGCGCCGCGUCACCGCCACCGCCGCCAGCCUCAUGGCGGCGGCGCUCGACCUCGCGCCGCACCACACUCUCACCAAGAGUCGCUACGGCCGCCACACGCCGAUGGCAAAGCAACUCAGAGAAGAGCCAUCUCUCCAGCUAUGUGCAGUGUUACUGAGACACGCGUUACAAGCCGACACCGCUGCUGUACAAGCGGAUUUAGCUGAAAGACAUUUACCGUCUUUGGGCACUCUCAGACAGGGAGUGAUCGUAUUGAGUAGACAGUGGAAGAAUAUUCUGUAUACGCCACUGUUACUGGAACACAACUACAAGAGCAAAGUCAUGAAGCCGCUAAACGUUACCUUCGCACUGCCCGACCUCCUCGAGGAUUCUGUGGAGGGUUGGCAAGAGUAUCAGCUGGACAACGAGGCAUUGGACGAGAAUUGUCUAUUGCUCAAUAUGGAGGGCGAAAAACUAAAUAUUCCUGCGCUGCCGACGUGUGGCCCCGCGCGGCCGCACUCCUUCCCCUCCACGCCGCCCUCCGUGCGCGGCGCGCAGGGCGGCAGAGCUAGUCUUGUGUUCCCCGCGCUGCCGUUCUCCACGAGAAAACCCGCGUUCCAAGACGAUGCUAUCAAUUACGGCACCCUGAAGGAAGAAGUCCCGACUGUGGGUUCGAACCCGUCGCUGUACUCUGCCCACGGGAGCGAUGAUAACAUUCGUAGCGACCGCGCCAGAGAGGAUCUGUAUCAAUGGAUGGCCAAGCAAGAACCCAUCAAGGUGAAAAUCGACGGACGAUCGAGAACCACUCUAAAGCGAUGUUACCUGGUCCAGGAGCCGAAGAGCAAGAAGCCGAUGAUCCCGGCGUCGAAGAUGAACCCGUGCGCGGCGGCGGCGGCGCUGCCGGCGUGCAGCCUGUACCCGCUGCAGGGGUCGCUGAUGCUGCUGGACGCGCAUCUCGUGUUCCAGCCGCUGCUGGCCGCGCUCGGCGUCUCCCCGCACCAGGUCGUCGGCGGCGAGUCCAAAAAGAGCGGGUCCUUAGACGGAGGCACCGGCGCCUCCGGCGUGCAGAGCGCGGCUCCAGCGCUGGACUCGCUGGGCUCCAAGUUGUCGCUGCUGGCCUGGGUGGACGUCUUCCGUAUUGACAUCGUGGUCAGCGAACUGGCCAGGGAACGGAGACAUACCAACAAGAAAGGCAACCAAUCGCACGCGGAUAUCGGCUCAGAAACGCCCGCGUUCCUCUGUGAGAAGAUCUCCAUCGACGUAGACCUGAAGAAGGUGGCCGACAUGACUGUGGACGACCUGAUCCAGAGGCAGAAUGUCCUGUACAUAUCCAGGGGCCAGCUGAAAAGGCACAUCAGCACUAUGCUGAACUUCAACGUCAGCGUGCGGUAUAUAUCUCAACAGGUAAACAUGCCACUCUUGCGACUGCUGCAUCAAAUCAGCAACAUGUACCAGAACGUGAAGGAUACACAGGUCGAGCUUCGAACCCAAACCAAGAUAUCACAGAGGAGGAAUAAACAUACUUCAUCAUCAGUGUCAGAUUUCCGCGAGAACCUAGUGAGCGUGACGUCCCUCGACAAGGAAUCUGAGUUGGCGAGCGUGGACGCCAAGUGGGAGGCCGCGCUCGGGCACGACGCGCUCGGGCACGACGCGCGCGGGCACGACGCGCGCGGGCACGACGUGCGCGCGCCGCCGCCCGCGCCCGCGCACGUCGCCCGCCCGCGCCCGCAGUCGUUCGCGCAGAAGCUGAGAUCCACUGGCAAGAGUGUCAAGGGAAAGCUUGGCUACAGUUCGCUGAACGAAGGCGCGCACACGCCCAUGUUCGCGUCGGACAGCAGCGCGGCCGCGGCCGCCGGCGCCGGCCCGCUGCCCAGUGACGGCAAGCUGGCGCCCAGGUGUUGGCGCACCGUGUACCAACUGCUGGAGUUAUACGCGAACAUGCCUGACGCUGAAACCAUCACUCAUAGAUUCUCAGUGACGACAGACAUCCCAGAACAGUACCGCCACAGCCGCACGGCCAGGCCCAGUUCCCGCGAGCAGAACACCAGCAACUCAUCGUCGAGCGCCGCACCCAUGGGCAUCGUGGUCGUUGGCGUUGCCAGGAUCCACCGUACUCGCCUCCUAGCGUCAUUAUCGGGGCUGAAGCUGGAAGCGGAGAUCACGUCGCUGCAGACGUCGUUGUCCGCCACGCGCGCGCGGCAGUGGUCGCUGUCCGGCAACCUCAGCCGCACCACCAUCGUGCUGCUGGAGGGCAUCGCGCCCAAUCAUCAAACGGUGGUCCGCAUCAGCGUGGGCAAGUCCCAGGCGCUGUACUCGUGGGAGGGCGGGGGCGGAGGCGGGGACGCGGCGGCGCUGGGCAGCGUGGGCGGCGUGCGCGUGGAGCUGCCGCAGCAUCCGGUGGCGCUGCACGGCGUCAUGACGCGCUCCUCGCGGCAGCUCUCCUCCACGCUGCAGGAGCUGGGUGUGACCCGGUCAGCGGCCCGGCAGCGGCCGGCGCCCCCCUCGGACUCUGACGAGGACCCUCCCCCGCCGCCGCAGCCCGCGCCCCCGCCCCCCGCUCACCCCACUCACCCCACUCACCCCGCACACCCCGCACACCCCGCACACCCCGCGCCGCACCGGGCCCGCCCUGCCGCCUUACUGGAUCCUUUACAUUUGCAGUUCUCUAUAGCUUUACAAAGCCUCAGCAUAACGGCGGCGCUCCUGCCCUCGCUACAAGCGCAGUACAAGAUGGAACACGUGCAGAGUUCAGGGGUCACCGGCAGCAAGGCGCACUUCACCGUGCAUCUGCCGCAGCACUCGCUCAGCUUCGUCACCAAGUUGCAGCAGGUGUCAGAAGCCAAGAUCCCGGCGGCGGCGUCGCUGGCGCUGCCGGGCGUGCGCGCGGCGGGCCGCGUGCUGCAGCAGGCGGAGCCGCCGGCCGCCGCGGCCAGCGACGGCGUCGUGCUGCGGGCGGGCAGCUAUCUGGCCGCUACGGCCGACAUUGGACUAUUUGAACAUACUCUGUCUACUGAUCUGCUCAACCAUCUAGUGUUUGUCCAGAAAGUUUUCAUGAAGGAGGUGAACGAAGUCGUACAAAAAGUGUACGGAGGAGAGAAGCCAGUGCCGCUGUGGGAAGAAGAGGCAUCGACGUCCGCUCUCAGCAAGAUAUUGUUCUCCCUCAUUAUCAGGAUCAAACGUAUUCAGCUAACGGCGACCACUCCAAGCAACAGCGCAGUGAGAUUGGAGACGGGAGCUGUGGAGUUUGAACUCUCCAACAGAGUGCAAAACGUGCCCAGACCAUCGGACCACGGCGUCAAGUUGUUUGCCAAAGCACAGGUGGAGCUGAAUUUAAGUCUAGGGCAAGUGAUUCGCAAUGCGAUGUUCGAAGAGGCCGAACCUGAGUUCCAGCAGUACGCGUUCUUCAACACUAGAAUCACGAUGCGAAACGCCUUCCAAGACGAGAUGGUGGCCGGCGAGGACAAGGAAGUGGUCCUCAUCACACUCAAGCGUCCUCUCAUUUACAUCCAACCAGUGGCAGUAGACCGCGCUAUAUUGGUGUGGUUGAACUAUAAGAACGCCUACGAGUACUGGACUGAGAAGAGAUUAAACCUCAAUAAAGAAGUGUUGACGGCGACGCAGCAAGUGUUUGAGAAAGUGCAACUGACAUCUCAGAUAACGACUCCACACCUGAGCAGGUUGUUCCUGCAACUGAAUGUGGACGACAUCGGCAUCUGUCUACCUUUGAAUCAGCCGCCUAUGACAACGUGGGCGCGGGGCCCGUGCGAGGCGGAGGCCCGCGGCGCCGUCGUGGUGACGCUGGAGAGCACCAGCGUCUCCGCCUGCAGCUCCGGGGCGCUGGUCUCCAAGGGCAGGUUCGUGGGGCUCUGUCUGCGCUUCGCCGACGACUUCGAGACCUCAUUGGACGACUGGAAGCCCGACCCGGACGAGGCCUCCGUCAACGUGUGCUGCGUCUCCGAGGGGACGUACGAGGUCUGCAGCAGGACCACUGCGGCUAAAUGCAAUGGACUGGCUACAGAAAAUGCUAAGUGGUUCCUAAACGUAUCCUGGCAAAUGGAGGGUGUGGACAUCCAUCUGGACGUCAACGUGGGGAAACAGCUUUCUGCGCUUGGACACACGCUCACCAUGCUCACAGGUUUCGAAGAAGAAGAUCCUUUGAAGAUGGACUUCGAAAGCGAUAUGGAUGAUGAAGCAGACAACAGUAAAGAUUCUCAGGAAAGCAUAGUCUUUCGUCGCAAGAACACGGACCACUUACCAGCGUUCGUAUUCGACAACAGUCUCGACGCUAAGAAGCGGUCCAAACUGAUUGAGAGGGAAAUGAACGAACAAGCCAAGAUCAUCAACGAUUUGAGAACGCUCGGCGCCAGUCACUCGACCAUAGAGUAUGAGAUGAAGAGGUUACACGAUCUGGAAGCUUUAGUCUUCAAAGAUUUCAGAAGGGACAUGAUACAGAAACUGAGGCGGCAGAGCGUGCGGGCGAGCUCUAUAACGAAGGGCAAGCUGGGGCUGGGCUCCAACCGCAGCAAGUCCUUCGUGAUCCCCUCGCCGCCGCCGGAGAGGAAGGACUUCGAAGUAGUGGUGGAACCAAACCUAGCUUUGCCGAGUGGAGUGGGAGAUUCCGGGGAGACGUUAUUACUUGUUGAUGAAGACAAUCGAUUGACGGACAUCAUUGAGGGCGGCAGUUGGAGUUCCAUGGAGAGUGAACCGCUUACUGGAGGCGGUGCAGACUACAACCCGGCGCGCAGCGCGUCGCUGCGCGCGCGCGGCCGCGCGGACGCGGGCCCGCCGCCGCCGGUGCAGCGCCAGGCCUCGCUGCCUGCCCCCAGCGCCCCCAGCGCCCCCAACUGUCCGCCCAGGUUAUCAGCCUCGAUCGGCGAGGGUUCCACGUCUGACAGCAAACAGAAUAAGACCAAAACGACUGAACCAAAUAUAGACUUCGAAUUGGACGUCAAAGUUCAUAUCAACAGUGGCAAAUGUGUGCUACACACUAAGGAGCAUGAUGACAAUAAGAUUGGUAGCCGUAUGCGAGUGAAUCGCUCAGCUUCAGGCGGGUUGACAGAGCCCAGCGGGGGUUCCCCCACGGCCCGAAGGAAGCCGCCGCACCACCAGCGGCACCAGCCGCAACUGGACCUCACCGUGUUCAGGGUCCCGGGACUGGAUCUCAAGGUGCACUACGAAUCCAAGACCCUCCCAGAAGAGAUAUCGUCCCCCCAAUCGGUCGCCCCCCCCCUCGCCAGCUCCAGGAAGGUCGGCAACAAGAAGGCAGCACUGUUCGCGUACAUCACGCUGCAGAGUAUACCUGAAGAGACUAUUAUAAGUCCGCACAUAUUGGAAUUCUUGGAGCAAACAUUGGAGCCAAUACCGACCAAAGCAUCUUUUUCAACUCCAACACCAGAAGGAACCAAGUCACCUGUCUCAGCAGAAGCGGAAAGCGGUUCCCGGGCGCGCUCAGCAGAAGGCGCCUCGUACGGCCAGUACGUGUACGCGUCGUUCCCGGUGGACGUGAUAGUGCACUUCCACAUGCAGCCGUCCACCUUCCGCUUCAGCUGUCUGCCCGCCUCCAGGGUGGAGUGCAUGCUGCAGCUGCCCAGUCUGCAGAUCGUCUUCAGCUCCAAGCGCGCCGGCGACGAGGAAAUGGCUGAACCAGCCGUAGCGAUGGGCGGGCUCAGCGUCACGGGCUGCCUAGCAGACUUCUCCGUCUACAUCUUCCAUCCGUACGGCGGGAAGAAGUCCAGCCUGAAGGAAGCCCAGUGGUCGCCACUCUCUGACACCGAGAGGAAGGAUUCUCUCAGUAUUAACGUGGAGUUUGUCAAGUUCCACCUGUCAAGGUCACGGAAACUGGACUUCCAGACUGAUCAUGAUCAAUCCAAGGCUACUGUGAGGUUUUCAACGAUCGUGGACGUGGGCUCAGCGUGGUUCAAGUAUGACAUGCGCCGGCUGUCGGAGAUCCUCGCGUUCCCGAAGGCGUGGUACCGCCGCACCAUCGUGCGCCGCAUGUUCCUGGGGGACCUCAGCGUGCGCCAGAACUCGUGCAGCUACAACGCGCCCGUGUCGCCGGUGUUGCCGCAGAGAGAGAAAACUAAGACUGUUGAUGUACAGAAACCCAAAGAUAAAGUGUCGGAGGCGGCGGUGGGCGCGGCGUGGGAGACGCUGGUGUUGUUCGCGGUCAACUUCACGCGGCUCAAUGUGCACAUGAAUAUGGGCAACGUUAUGGGCAAUGUCAGCUGGCAAAGCCGCGACUUCCACUGCACGGGCCGGCUCAGCAUCGGCAGCACCGGGCACCGCAACAUGCUGGUGGGCGUCGGGCUGGCCGGCUCCUCGCUGGACGCGCGCGGCGGCAUCGUGGGCGGCGCCAUCUCGCUCUCCGCUAUAGACACCUACGUGCACAUCGCCGAGGAGCCCGGCUGCAACCCCGGCCACGUCGCCGGCGUCACGCUGGCGGCGCUGGAGCUGAGGCUGGAGUACAUGGGGACGCCGGUGCUGCUGUCGAGAGUGUCCAAGCUGCGCGCGGCCUUGCGGGACGAAUGGCUCGCCAAGGUCAAGCAAGUGCAGUCGCGACAUCGACCCACGGCCAGGCCAGCCAUAAUCCUCACCCACGGCACGCUGAGCUGGCACCAGCUCCAGAUCCUCAUGAGUCGCAGCACCACACCAGACCUCCUGAAGAUGCAGCUCAAGUUGGAAGAGUUCUUCACGCAACAGUUCAAGUCUAGCAAGCGGGUCUUCAGCUCUCUACACAAUCAGAACCUGAAGAGAGAAAGAGACAAAGAUAAGACGAGAGGAGAAGCCCCUCGCCCGUCAGGCCCUGGUAGUUUAUCACAAGAGCUCCGCCAUCACCGCCACUGGCAGAAAGUCUUAGAACUGGUUGCCGGUUUGCAGCUGUCCUCCCUGCCACUUAACGGCACUGUGCUCGGCGGAACAAUGGAGCUGCACGGCACCAAUAUAUCGCUGGCCUGUUUCCACGGCAACAGCUUCAAGGCCAAGUCCUGGGCGCUGUUCAGCUUGAAGGAUCCUUGCAUUAGCUUCGCCACAGAAGCCCAACAAGUCACUAAUGAUGAAGGGGAGUUAGAGGUCCACGUGGUCCAGAGUCUGACGGCCAGCCUGGGCUCGGCGCUGAGCGCGGGCGCCGCGGCGGCGGCGGCCGGCGGACACCAGUCCAUGGCCACCGUCUGCAGGAUGACCCGCGCGCUGCUGUUCCCGCCGCAGUUCAAGACCCUGCACGAGUGGUUCCAGUACGCAUUCGCUAACAGCGAGAUCGACGCGAUCGAGUCGUUCCCGUCGCUAGAGAAGGAGCAGACGAGCACGAGCAGCGCGGAGCGCGAGCGAGACAGAGAUAGGGCGAGCAAGCAGGCCGACAAGCACCAGCGCGAGGUCAUCUUCGCGUUGCCCAGUCUGCAGCUGCAUCUCCGCACGCAGCAUCUGCAGACCAACGUGCCGCCCACUGAUGCUGAUGAGAAACCUGUAGUGGAGUGCAGUUUCAUCACGGAGUUCGAGGACCACAUCUUCGUCUCGGUGGAUGCUGAGGCGUUCUUAUUCUUACACGAUCUCAUCUCUUCUUAUAUUAAGGAGAAGGACAGAGUUAUGUCCGGCGGUAACCGCUCAACUUGGGGCGAGGCCGGGCCGUCGGGCGCGGGCGGGGGCGCCGCGGGCGCGGGGGGCGCUGCGGGGGCGCCGCAGGACUACCGCGACUACCGCUGCGUCACCUGGCAUCUCGAGCCUACUGUCAGACUGCUGUCGUGGGCUGGUAAGUCCAUUGAGCCUUACGGCGUAGACUAUAUCCUGCAGAAACUUGGGUUCAGCCACGCUCGCACCACCAUCCCUAAAUGGCUCCAACGCGGAACCCUCGAUCCUUUAGACAAAUUGCUCUCUCUCGUCCUACUCAAGUUGGUCGCCAUUGUGCCGCACAAGUGACAACCAAGUGUCGACUUUGUGCCCUAUGACACAAAGGAUGGUUUCGAUUGGCUGGAUUAGACGGUCAUGUGAAAGACGCGGUCUCUUCAAUGUGAAAUCAAUUUGAAUUUUGAACCUUAUUUGUCGCAUUAUAAGAGACAAUUUUGUUGGAUGAAAAUAAUUGACUCUUUGCAGUACCAAUGGCUUAUUAGACCUUAUUGUUUUGACUAAAUAACUUCGAUUUACAUGACAAUGCGACCCUUAUUAGCUAUGACGUAAAAUGGACGAUCUCAAAUGCGUAUUUUAAUCAAGUUUUCGCAAUGAGCAAAGACUGUGUUGACAACGGCACAUAGAGGUACAUAAAAAUUUAUUUCUUAAUAAAAUAAAUUGGCAUAUGCCGAUAGCUAAGAAAUAAAUUUCUAUUACAAUUUCAAGACUACGUGUUCCAUAAAGAACAUGCUUCUAAAAAAAUGUUGAUAUACGAUAAACGAUGAAAAUUGCAAUUUAUAUUUGAUAAUUAUGGUGUAUUAAUUAAUUCCCUCGGUGGAGUAUAAAUAACGAAAAUCUGCCACGAUUCCGACUCUAAAUUUUAUUAUAGAAGCAUAUAAAAGGGCAUUUACCUACUAUUUAACUAGAAAUACUAGCUACCCGACAUAGGGGUAAAAUUAUUGAAUAUUUCUCACAAAACUGUUCCAAGUAAUCAACAGAUUCAAUUAAACUACGAUCCGUCUAUAAUGUAUAUGAUAGUAUGCAGUUUUAAUACUGGUUUACACCGACUACGCAAUGCGUGUGCGUUUAUUUUGACAUAUACACACGCAUACGCAUUAUGCAGUUGAUGUGCACCGGCCUUUACUCUUGAAUUAUAAUCCAGUAUGAAUAUAAUGAUGUUUAUAAAUCUAGUUAUUAGAAAUACUUAAUCUUAGCAAAUUCCUUAUUUUGCUACGUAAUAUAUUGAACGACGGUUAGCAUAUCAUAUGCGUGAUUUUUAAUCGACUCAAAAACAACUAGGCGAUUCUCACGUUGUCGAGAUAUUUUAGUUUUAUCGUACAUGAUAACGAUACGUUGAAAAGUAUAUUCUGAUCUUUGUUAAUCUUUAUAAAACAGAAAUUACGCUUCAAUAAAUUACAUGUUUCUUUGUGUGCUUUCAGUUUGAUCAUACAGAUAUAGAUAGGUACAUAGCGUCACCUGAAUUGAUGUAUCAAGUUACAAUAAAACUAUUAUAUAAAGAAGAACAUGAUAAGCAACUGCCUCUGCAUAUUAUUAAAAAAAACUCCAUAAUUUCUAAUUGACGAUUCAAAUUUACGUUCAGUUACAUCUAGCUUUUUUUUUAAUAUAAAACAUACAAUUUCAAUGUCAAUGAAACGAUGUUGAAAUUACAAUUAUAAUAAUAUGUAGCAAAAUUUAUAUUUAUCUAAUAAUUUUAAUCAAAUGACUGUUUUAUAGAGUACAACAUUUAAUUAAUUUGUUAUUUUCAUUUCGUAUCGCGACGUAUAAAUUUAAAUGUUAUAUUUAUUGGAAUGUAAAUUAGUUUUAAUUUAAACGCUUGCCUUAAGCGCAAGCGCAUAGUAUCACUUGUUCCUUAUUUCGUCACCUGUUGUAGUAAUGUAUAUUUUAAUCGGUAUGUUAUUAGCUGUAAUUAAGAGUCUCAUAUUUAAAGUCUUAUAAAAAGGACCACUCUUGAGAUUUGGUUUUUUGUUCGCGUUGUGUUUAUAUUAAGACACUUUGUGAAAGGUUAAGGGGUUUUUGUGGGGUGGAUUUUAUGCAUUAUUUACUCUAAAUUAUCUACGACAUAGAAAGACAUGGUUAGGUCUGUUAUUACAUUAUAUUAGCUGCCAUUUUGAGACUCUGUUUGUGACCUGAUUUAUGCAAUUGAGAAAUCAAGGAGAGACAAGUUUUCAUCGUCGCCUGCGCCUUGACGUCGUCACAGUGUGCUAAUUGAGCAUGGUCUAGACCGUGCGAAAUUAAGAAAAUGUAAGAAAGCGUACCCUGGGCCUCGACACUUAAAUGCUGAGGAAGGAACCAGGAAAAUGUUCAGAUGAGGCGAGAAAGUUCGACGCUUGCGCCUUGUCGUCUCCUUUACCUAUAUUUUCAGCUUUAUUUGGGGCGGAGUAUUCUGUGAUUGUUAUUGGUAGUUUCACUCGUAGGAAAUGGAUUGGGCAAUAUAGAUUUCAAUAAUAUAAUUUAUAUUUUUUGAUGUUACCAAAGGAAAAUAUGUUAGAAAAUUGAUGUAAAUAUUUAUUGUACCUGGCGAAAUGUUUAUCUAUCACAAGUAGUAUGUUAUAAUAUUAUGUCUAACAUAACGAGAAACGACCUAGUUUAAAAAAGGUUUUCAUGAGAAACAAGCCACGAAUACACUAGGGAACAUUUGACGCUCAAUAUAUCGCUCUCUCUCAUUGAUUACUAUGGACUCAAGUGAAAUAGCACAUCGUCUAUUUCACUCAAUGUAAAUUUUAAUGAAAAGAACGAUAUGUUAGUGAAUUCAUGGCUUUGAAUUGUCCGAUAACACUUUCAAAUAUGCCUAGCGUAUUACAACACGCUAGGCUCGAUUUCCAAAAAAAAAUAUUUCUGUUGAAUUUUUUUAUAUUAUUUAGAUAUAACAAUUGAGAUAAAUAUUUGCAUCACAAAGUUUUAAUAUUACUUUUAAGUUUAAUCUAUACUGUUCCAGUGUUACACUUAUUUUGCGAGAGCUGUAUAUUUUUUUGUAUAUUACGUGUAAAUGGGUAGUAUAAACAUUAAUGGGCUUCUUACCGUGUACUGAUUAUGUAUAUUAUAUUUUGUUAUGAACCAAGGUGAUUUGUACAUAAUGAACGUGAUAUAAUAUUGUAUGAAUAAAAUCAUAUGGGAAUCAA